ACUUAAUAAAAUUCUACGCAAAACUGGACAUUUGAUUUAUUUCAAGUUCUAUAUUUAUGGUCUGUGGAAUCCGCGAAAAAGCAUUCGUUUCGUGUUGCUUUUAGUAUACACUUAGGGUAACAAUUACUGUACUCAAUUUGAUAGUAACAACUAGAAACAAUAAACUAUUAGCAUGGUAACAGAGAUAAUUUCAUGCCGAUUUAAAAUGAAAUUUGCCAAUCGGCUCCAAUUCGUAUUCAGAACUGCACCAUCAAAUGUGUUUUCUAAAUCAAGUGUUGAACACAGCAUAAAGCGAUUCCGGAGAAACAGGCCCAACGGAACACAAAGAGCACUCGCUUAAAACGUGCCGUAAUAAAUUACUGUCCUUAUUGACACGAAGAGAAUAGCGUGAUAAUAGCCGAUAAAUAGAUAAGGGUUCAAUGGGGUGUAAACAAUUUGUUCGCAUAUUUAUACCUCAAUUCUUCCCUCUUGAGACCAUUUGAACCUUGAUCGCAAACUAGCGAGUUGCAGCGGAGAACAGAAAUCUACGUGUGCAGUUCUUUGACAUUAUGAGCAUGGCUUUUUCGUUCGAGAACCUCCUAUCAGCUGGACAGAUUUUGUUCCUUUGCUUUCUGGUGUGUGCGUUCCUGACUGGAAAAGCCAUAUGGCAGCAUUCUUUUUGCAAGUUGCCUCCAGGACCCUGGGGCAUCCCUGUAAUAGGAGCAUCUUUCCGCCUGGGAGAGAACCCGCAUCUUGAUCUCACCAAGAUGGCACAGAAGUACGGAGACGUGUUCAGCCUGAUGCUUGGAAACCGCUUGGUGGUGGUACUCAACGGAGUCGAUGCUAUACAAGAGGCCAUGGUAAAGCAUUCCAAAGCCCUUGCUGGCAGACCACAGCUGCACACCUUUAAACUUGCCAAUCCUGGGGGAAACAGUCUUACCCUCACUGAUUACUCACCCCAAUGGCGACUAUCUCGCAAGAUCAGCGUCGCUGCGAUCCAGAACUUUGCCAAGAAUACAGACGCCUUGGAAGAGAAACUGCUGCAGGAAUCUCAACGAAUGGUCCACUGCUUCAAGCUAAAGAAAGAUAAACCCGUUGAUGCUCUUAUAACUCUGAAGUUGGCCACGGCUAACAUCAUACUUGGUGCGCUAUUCAGCAUCAAUGGCUCCUACGACGACGAAGGCCUUCGUGGACUUCUCCAGCUGGCAGACGGCUACAGUGAUGCUGUGAACGGUAGCAGCCAUGUUGAUUUCUUGCCGCUCCUGAAGUACCUGCCCAAUAAAGCGCUCUCAAAGCUUGAAUUUUUAUUGAAGGCCUUUAACGAUGUCACCACCAAGAUGUUUUUGGAAAACAAGCAAACCUACACUGAAGGGCAGGUUCGCAACAUCGCAGAUAGCUUCAUCAGCGUUGUCGAGAAAGAAACCAUGAAAGAGACGGAGAAUCGUCCUGCUGGAGAGGAUACCCUUAAUAUGGCUCCUCUGCUAAGCGAUGAACAGAUUGUUGUAGCCAUGAUGGAUCUCUUUGGCGCUGGCUUUGAAACAACUUCCGCCACCAUAUACUGGGGUCUAGCUUACCUCAUGAAAUAUCCCGACAUCCAACGCCAGCUGCACGAAGAGUUGGAUCACGUGAUCGAUCGACAACGACUUCCGACCCUGGCAGACAUAACUUCACUUCCUUUGCUACAAGCCACAGUCUACGAGCUACUGAGGGUUACAAGCCUCGCUCCUCUCUCCGUCCCUCGCUCCACGACCACCGAGACCAAAAUUCGGGACUUCACAAUCCCUAAAGACACCAUGGUUUUCGUUAACUUGUGGUCGGUACAUCGUGAUCCAACAACUUGGAAUGACCCGGAUGUUUUCAACCCAAGGCGUUUCUUGAAUGGAGCUGGUGAGGUGCUCGAUCCCAAGUCCCUAGGAGGAUUCCUACCAUUUUCCAUGGGCCGUCGAAAGUGUCCCGGUGAACCUCUGGCUUUGAAAUCACUUUCUGUGUUCCUUGCAGCACUGCUCCACAGCUUUCGAUUUUCGCAGGAAGGAUUGCCAGCCGAGUAUCAAGGCGUUGAUCUACAGGGAAAAUGCGGCCUUACUUUGGCGCCAAAACCUUUUUAUGUUCGAAUCGAGGAACGGCUAUAAGAACACAAAAAUGACUGAUCAGAAAUGAUCCAAAUAAUAUAUCGAUCGCAUAGGUGGAACAAUGUCGAGUCAUCCCAAUGGGAUUAAUUUCUUUUGGCAAAGAGCAGUGUAGAAAAUGUUUAGUAAGUUGAGCUAUUAUGAGACUCGAACUUUACCGAGCUUUACAAAUAAGAAUUGUGACUUGAUUAUUAGACUCUGUAUUUAUCCUCAGUGCUAUCGAAUAAUAAAAAGCAAUUUGCGUAUGAAAUUGAUUUUGUGCACUGUGUAAUCAGUUCAAAAUUUUUAUAGCUAAUAAAACACUUUAUCACAUAUAUAUUUUUUUCACGCAAUGAAGCAAAUCUUACGAUCGAAGUGUAGAAUGCUCGACUUAAGUAGGCAGAGGAUACUAGAAAACUGGAAUUAAUCUUUUAAGUGUAAAUCAAACUGUAAACAAAUUUGAAUUGAUUAAAAGUUACUUUGUCAUAACAACUUGA